AUGAAUGAAUUUCCAAAGGUACUACAUCCUUACAUUAAGCAGGUACACAAUGUAGAAGGUGAUGGAUAUUGCGGAUUCCAUGCAAUCGCUUCUUGUCUUGGUCUUCAUCAAGAUGAAAGGUACCAAAUUCGGGUUAAUUUAAUGGAAGAGUUAGAAACACAUACUACUGAAUAUGGCGACAUGUUUGGAAGUGAAUAUCGGUUUCAAUUAUAUAACUCUUUGAAUUUCUUUGGCGAAGAAGCGCCACUUCAAAACUGGAUGAUUAUGCCUGAUACAGGUGUCCUAAUUGCUUCAAGAUACAACGUGGUAUUACAUUGUUUUAUCCGACACGCAAGCACAACGUACUUACCACUUCGAUCUACUCCACCACCAGCCCAUGAACGCAUUGUUAUUGCAAUUGGCCUCAUCUAUGGUAAUCAUUAUGUCAAGAUAGAGCUAGAAGGAGAGUACCCGAUGCCUCCUAUUGCACCACAAUGGAUUCAUUGCAAACGUCCAUGUGCAGCUGAAUGGGUCACCCCGUAUAUCGAACGGCUAAAUAUGUAUAAUCAUUAUUAUCGUGCUAGUUUUAAUGGCUAA